UCAGAGACUCUGGUGGGGGUAUUGGAUUUAGAAGUUUGAUGGAAUUUGGAGGAAUUAUAGUUUCCAUUAAAUUCUAUUGUUUUUCAAUUAUGGAUUUCAUCAAUUCUUUCAAAUUUUUGUGUUAUUGGAUUAAAAAUUUGUAAUCAAAUUUCUAAUUACUUUAAAUUCUAGUGUUAUUCAAUAUUUGAUAGAUUUUGUAGUAAUGACAUUUCAAAAGAAUUUAAUGGAAAAUGUAUAGUAAAAAUGUGAAGAACCAAUUCCCUACUCUUAUGAUGAGAUUUGUAAUCAUCGUAAGAAAACACAACAUAUUGUUGGACAUGAAGCAGUUGACGAUCAGUGUGGACUUCCAUUUGUUCCAGGAGUUUUUGUUGAUCAUUAUCCCACCAUAUUUGUAUCUUAUCACACUAUCGUAAGAAAACGCAACAACUACAUCAUCUCUAUUUCUAUGCUUUUCAUUUGUUCCAAGAGUAUGGAAAAGAAUGGCGACGAUCAGUUUGGACCUCCAUGACAUCCGUUAUAUAUUUUCUAGCUCAACCGUCCUCACCUCCGGUCUUCCCAGAAGUAUGGUCUUAUCACCGACGAUAUGGCUUGCAGGGUGAUUCAACACACCGGGGUAAUUCUACGACCACCUUACCGUUCCUGAACGUGAUUUGGAAUUAUGUUCAUCACGUUUCAUGUUUCUUGUCAUGCAGAAAAAGACACAAAAAGAAGAAGAAAAGGAGGGGAAAAGAAGAGCUAUUUCAUGUUCGUAUAUUGUAACUCCUUCACAGAGUUGUAUCUCGUGCGUCUUUACGGUCGUUAUAGUAACACAAAUGUUUCCCAUCGUAUUUUGUGAAUUUUAAUUAUGCAACGUCUACAAAUAAUAUACCUGUAUUUGAAAUCCCUACUUAAGUUAGAAAAAAAAAAUCCCUACAAAAUAGUACCUUAUCAAAAAUACUAAUUACAAAAUUUUAAAUUGUCGUCGAUAAUAUAUUUUAAAAAUAAUAUAUCAUAAAAUCUUAAUAAAAUGGUACCUAUGGUUUUUUGAAUGAGUUUUUGUUAGACCCUCUUCUGUAUAUUCUAGUCAACUCUAUAUCAAAAAAUCCCAUAUCCCUAUAAAAUAAUGUUCUUUAUCUUUUCAAUAUACAAAAAAGAUUCAAAAGUUUCAUAGAUUUUAGAGAAAUUGAUAUUCUAUCAAAUUUAUGUACAUUCCAUUAAAAUCCAUAAAGAAAAGUAAACAAAAGAAAAUUAUAAAUGCAUUAAAGUCUCAUCAAAUCGUUUAAACUACUGUAAAAAAAUUAUUUAUGAAUUCAAUCAAAUUCUAUUAAAUUCCUAGAUCCAAUACCACCCCCUCUGUCUCUCUGUUGAAUUUUAGUAAUUUUUAAAAUACGAGAACCAUUUUAGAUCCGCUGUAAUCCAGUUUUACUCCUCAAGCCCAAUAAGUUAUACUAUUAGCUUUUCAAAUAGCAGCUAAUGGGCUUUACCUUUAAACCCAAUAAAUUUUAAAUACUGCAAACAAAUUUAAUUACAAAAAAUUGUGAUAAAAUAAAAAUUCAAAAUAUACAAAAAUGUAGAUAGGGAAGUUGCAAUUUUCCCCCUAUACAUUUACCUUGCAAGUUACACUGCACAUAGCUUGUUCUCUCCACUGACACACUUAACUGAAUCAGUAAAAAAUGAAUCAGUUAUGUAUUCUAUGCAGAAGAAGGAAUGAUUUGAAGAGACCAUUUGAUAAAUAAAACAAUAAUACAAAUUGAAUGUUGGGUAUUGGGUGUUUCAAACUUACGUUUUAUGGAAUAUUUAUUUAUAGGAACUUCACUAUAGAUAAUACGCCUUACAAAAAAUAAAUAAUAUCUUAGAAAAUGGAGAAAUAAAAUGUAUAUUCCAUACAACAUAGUUUGAAACACCUAACUUCCAAUUUUUUUUUUAUCAAAUGAUCUCUUAAAUCAUUAAUUGUUCUAUUAAAACAAAUAAUAAUGUUCAAAGCUAAUUGUGUCACAUAACUUUUAAAAAUGUUGCCAAUAUCGUCACCCAUUUUCAUUGUUUCCUACAGCAAUUGACCGUGUCUAUAAUUCUCCUACAUACAGUAUGUCACUAAUAUAAACAAGAAAGAGAGAAAAUUUUCGUUGACCACGUGCUGAAUAUGGUUUUCACGUUUGUUAAAUCAUUAACCCACGUGUUUAAAAUCUAUCAUAUAUAUAAAACACACACGAGACAAACGAGACACACACACCAUCAAUUCACAACUCAAGAUCCUUAACGUAUCCAUAGCGAGAGAGAUGGAUUUUUUUUCUCUAGAUUCUGUUUUCCAAGAAGAAGGAGAAAAUUUCUGGGAUAUGAUCGCCGGUGACGUCUCCGGCGAUGGUGACGGUGACAAAACCGUAGGUGUACCAAACAGAAGCGCCUUCAGGUCAUACGUGAGGGACCAUGAACAGAGGAGGGUAUCGUCUUCAUCGACGGUGAACGUGAAGAGGAGAAUGGUGAAUCUUCUGAGAAAAAAUUGGGAGGAGAAGAAAAUUGUAGCAGUGCCGGGGAAGGAGAGAUGCCGGCGACAUAUGAUGAAAGAGAGAACGAGAAGAGAGAAACAAAAACAGAGUUACUUAGCUCUCCAAUCUCUAUUACCUGCCACUAAGAGUGAUAAAAAUUCGAUUGUUGAAAAGGCCGUUGAUCAGAUUAGGAAACUAGAAGGAUUAAAGAAAGAACUAGAGAGAAAAAUGAAUGUGUUGGAGGCAAAAUCAGCACGGGAUCAUGAUGAAAUGAAUGGAAAAAAGGUUAGGUUUAAUGUACAAGAACCUUUGUCGGGGAUCGAUUCAGUUGUAGAAGUUCUUCAGUGUCUUAAAUCAAUGGGGACAAAUCUCAAUACGGUCCAAGCCAAUUUCUCUCCACACGAGUUCUCAGCGACCAUGAACAUCGAGACUCAGAUAAGAGGAGAAGAGGUGGAAAAAAGAGUACAGAAAAGACUCCAGGAAACUGAAUGGAAACUCCUUUUGUUUUGACUUUCUUUUGUUCAUUCUCGUUCUUCUUAAUUUGGUAGAUGAUCAAUAAAAAUUGGCACUGCUUUGUUGACAAAACACGUAAGCAUAUAUGAAUCAGUCUGAAUCA